GCCCUUGCUUUCAUGAUGUAAAAUGAAGAGGGCAAUUCGCCUCCCUCGCGGUUGAACUGAAUGAAAAGAGCGGAGUUCGUGGCGGAAGUCAAACUGGUCUGGGACGCUGAGGAAAGCCACAGGAGCACAUUCCCAUUGAACUGGAGCAGACAGUAGUCGUGAACAACGGAGCCUGGACCGCGCAGUGAAGAGAUCUUGGAAGCCAGAGUUACGGGGUUAACAUACCAGUGGAAAUCCAUCCUUACCAGUGUUCUAGAACCAUGAGCAGUAACUACAGUGUGUCCCUGCUUGGCCCUGCCCCAUGGGGCUUCAGACUGCAGGGGGGAAAAGACUUCAACAUGCCACUCACCAUCUCCAGGCUCACGGACCUGGGAAAGGCAGCCAAGGCACGUAUCGCAGUGGGCGAUGUGCUUCUUUCUAUUGAUGGCAUCACUACUGAUGGAAUGAACCACCUGGAAGCUCAGAACAAGAUCAAGGCCUGCACUGGCAACCUCAACCUCACCCUGCAAAGAGCCUCCACCAUCCCAAAACCCCCCGUGGCCCCGAAGGUCGAGCCAUCAGAGAUCAUUAAGCCUGUGGCUAUUAUCAGCCACCGCCAUCCCACUGAGCCCGCCAGUCUCACCCCCAGCGCCCCACACAACAAAACUGCACGGCCCUUCGGGGGCUGCAGGGGCGAGGACAGGGACUGCCCCAUCGCACGCUCCCCUCAUUCCGCCUUCAUUCCCUCUGCAUCCUCCGCCUUCACCCCCGCCGGCCUAACCCGCACCCCUCCUCCGUCCUCACCCCCUCCACCCUUCCCUUUGUCUUCCUGCUCCUCACCCCCCUCCCUCCCUGCCGCACCCCAGCCCUCCGUCUAUAACACGCCCUUCAACCUCUACUCCAACGAGAACGCCUGCGAGGUGGCCAUGGGCCAGAGGCGGGGCCUAACGGAGAGCCAGGGCGGAGCCAUGCAGUCGAACGGGGUUCCUAGGAAGCCCAUUCUGGAGACAGACAUUGAGUUCUACCACGUGCCUUCCCAUGGAGACGCCAGCAAGAAGCGCCUGAUGGAGGACACAGAGGACUGGCGUCCCCGCAGCGGCACCACCCAGUCCCGCUCCUUCCGAAUCCUGGCCCAGAUCACCGGCACCGAACACCAGCAAGCCCAGGAGAACGAUGCAGAGAAUAAGACAAGCUCCUCUCCAGUGCAGCCACUCACACAUCUUUCUCCUGUGUCUGCAGUACAGCCACUACUCUACCCAAAGCCAGUGAGGAGAGGGCUCCUGUUGAACCCACUGGAGUUCCUCCCUCCGGGAGGCCCCUGCCCACAGGCCCUCACCCAUAGUGCACCGACCCUGGCUAUACAGUCCCAUUCUACUGAUAUUGGUUUACAGGCCAGAACCCCGCACAGGUCACCUGAGGGGACGGUCUCUCAGUCCCUAUUGGAUGCCUUGCUCAUUACGCCUAUCACCACCCUUCCGCCCCUCCGCCUGAGGAAGAAGAAGCGUCGGAGUGUUAGUGCCCUACACCUGCCCAACGACAAGAGAGUCUCCUGGCACCAGUCAGUCACUGAUCUGGGUGACCCCAACCUCUCCUCUCCUGUCAAUGCUGUCUAUAUCUUUAGUGAGGAGGUGGAGGAGCCAGAGACCAGUUCUCACGUGUCGUCUGCAGUCAAGACCAUGACCAAAGGACCUGCUGGAAGCCCCAAAAACUCCAUCACCUUUACCACCACUCAGGGUUCAGGUUUCCCUAAACCUGGCCUUCAGACAUGUUUCAUCACCCCGUCUUUUGGAAUGAGAGGGAACGUCACCACCAGUGUUCUCCCUAAGGGCCCUGCCCCAGAGAGGCCGGCCCCCCAGCCCCAUCCCAAAGACGAGGAUACUCUGGUGCAGAUGGCCGAACACAUCCCGGCAGGGACACGCACGCCCAUGUGUGGCCACUGCAACAUGGACAUCAGAGGCCCAUUCCUGGUGGCCAUGGGAAAGUCCUGGCACCCAGAGGAGUUUAACUGCGCCCACUGCCGGACAUCCCUGGCAGACAUUGGCUUCGUGGAGGAGCAGGGCUCCGUCUACUGUGAACACUGCUACGAGGACUUCUUUGCACCUACAUGUAGCCGCUGCCAGCUGAAGAUCCUGGGGGAAGUGAUCAACGCCCUGAAGCAGACCUGGCACAUCCAUUGUUUCCUGUGUGCAUCGUGCCAGCAGCCUAUUAGGAACAACACCUUUCACCUGGAGGAUGGAGAGCCCUACUGUGAAAGAGACUAUUACUCCCUGUUUGGUACCGGUUGCCAUGGUUGUGAGUUCCCCAUAGAGGCAGGGGACAAGUUCUUGGAGGCUCUGGGAUUCACCUGGCAUGACACCUGUUUUGUGUGUGCGGUCUGCUGCACCACUCUGGAGGGUCAAGCCUUCUUCUCCAAAAUGGACAAGCCUCUGUGCAGGAAACAUGCACAUAGUGUGGUGAAAAUCUGAACAAGGACAGGAGCAGAUGGCUAGAGGAGAGCUGGAGGAGAGCUGGAGGAGAGCUGGAGAAAGAGGGCUGGGCUAGACGGAGAACUUAUGUUAUGACUGUUGAAUGGUAUUUGGAGUAUCCCCAGAACUAAAGACCUCAGUCAGAUAAAGUCCAGAAGAUCAGAGAGAUCUCCA